AUGCCAGAACAAUUUUCCCCCACAAGAAUCCAGCCACCGGUCCAAAAAUGCGCCUGGUGUCCCGCGGAGACAACAGACGGGGCGUCUUGGCGGGACAAGUACUUCUGCAAAAGCUGUUGGGCUUGGUGGAACGAAAAAAAGCAACCGCCGCAGUUGCGUUUGCGCGUCAUACACAGGGAGCAGCUGAGGAGGUGCGACAGAAGUAGGCCGAAGCCUUGUAGCUCAUCUCCCGAUCAUCAGGAUACCGUCGAAAGCGUUUCGUCGUGGCCAAUCGGUUUGGGUGAAAUCAUUCUGCUUCCCGGGUACUACGAAGACGCUGACGCCCGGGACUGUUUUGACUUGCUCGUUUCGGCGCAGACAGAAUCAAGAAUUUCUGAAGGCAAUCCUGUUAUCCCGUGGAGCUGCCAUCACAAGCUGGAUUUAGACAAGCUCGAGAACAGUAAAUCCGCGGAUAACAGGUCGAAACCCGCUGCGAUGGAGAUGCUUGAAGCUUUAUUCCGCGACUGGGAAAGGCGCUUUGACUAUCCCACAGAAAAAAGCUGGCAGGGCAUAUUUGUAAUGCAAAAAUAAAUACACAGAAAUGAAAGACUUGCCAUGGGCGGCCCCAUAGCAUGCUGCUUCGGAUAUGCAAUGCAGAUUUUCUUGUGUAUUUAUUUUCGCAUUACAAAUAUGACCUGCCAGCUUUUUUCUUUGGGAUAUUGACGUCCGAGUGCUGGAAAAACGCGUGAAUUUUUACAAGGACAGUGACUACAAGCCCUUCCACCAGGACUCGCACUGUGUGCACGAGCCGACGGGAAUCCAGGAGGAGAUCACUAUUGCCGCCACCUUUGGCGCCGCACGGGACGUUGCGUUCCGCCCGUUGCGAAGUAGUUCUGGAGUGACCACUGGUAGAAGUGCCUUGCACAACAAUCAAGAUCUGUUCAAUUUGAACUUGUUGCAAAACAACGGCGACGUGCUUAUUUUCGAUACGGUUGUGAACAAAGUGCUGGAGCAUGGCGUACCAGACCUACGGGUAGCAGGCGUGGACAAUGAAGUACCAACAGCUGUUGAUGCGUCGACCUCCCCUUUCACACGAAUAUCUGUGGUCGCCUGGUGUGCGCGAAAUAGCACGGUUAGGUCUACUAGGGGUCAUGGUGAUCCUUGUUGCAGGUGA